GACAUUAUAGUUCACAUAUUCUGUUUCAUCUAGUUUAUGACCUAACAAGAAAUUGGAAAAAAUUGGCAGGUUUCUUAUGAGAUUAACUAAAGAUGAAAGUGAGAUCAACUUGGCAACCGGGGAAGCAGAGCCAGAAUUCGCUGAGUGGAAAUGGGCAAACCCUGAAGAAGUUAUUGAGCAGGCAGUGGACUACAAGAGGCCAACAUAUGAGACAGUAAUGAGGACUUUCAGGCCUUACUUGGAUGAUGGAAAAGCUGCAAAAUGUAAAUCAACAAAAUGGUAAACCCCACGGUAUGUGCUCCUGUAGGUCUUUCCAUGUCUUCACUAGUAGAAAUUGUAUUCAACUAAGUAGAUCUUUGUUCUCUGUAAAUGGAUAUGGCAGUUAGAACUCCCCAUUUAGAUGGUUGUUUAAUUAUGAUGGAAAAAAAAAACCUUGUGCAAAAGUAUGUAUGUUCUUUGCAAGCACUCCACCCAAAGAGAAAUACUGUGGGGGGAAAGUUGCGUGUUCUGGAAUUUGGAUUUAGCAUGUCUGUUAGAGGAUGAGAUAUAACUCGUACUAUGUACCGUGUACCAAUGAAACAAAAAAGGAACUGUCAAUUUUCUUCGAUAACUAUUUUGAUUGCCU